AGGAGGAGGGGACAGCUGAUGCUGGUGGUGAUGAUGGAGGAGGAUGCAGGCAGGUUGGCUGCUGCUUAGCUCGGUGCGGUGCACACACAGCGCUCCCAGGUCUGUGGCUGCUCGUUGCCCACCACGGUAGCAGAUAACUGGCUGCCCGCUAGAGUUGGUCGGGCAAGGCUGGGAGGGCCUUGCAGCAGCGGUCCUCUUCCUCAAUGUCUCCCCUGCGAGACUGCUUUUCCUCCCCAGUCCAGCUGCGUCCCCCACUCAUACCCAGGCCAUCCUUGCUUGGCCUCCUGCUGCUGGAACUCCUUGUGCUGCUGCUGGAGGAGGAGGAGCAGCAGCUUUCUGGGAGCCCCGGGACUCUCACCUCUUCCUCUUCCUCCAGCACCCUGCUCGCUGAGGACCAGGCAGGACAGGAGAAUGAAGGCGGAGAAGGAGGACCCGUCAAUGAUCAACCUGUCCGUGCAGCAAGUGCUGAGCCUAUGGGCACACGGGACAGUGCUGAGGACCCUGACCGAGAUGUGGUAUUGGGUAUUCCUAUGGGGCCUCUUCUCUUCUCUCUUUGUCCAUGGAGCAGCGGGAGUGCUGAUGUUUGUCAUGCUGCAGAGGCACAAGCAGGGGAGACUGAUAUCUGUGGUCUUAGUCAGCAUUGGGUUCCUAGCGUCUGUCACCGGAGCAAUGAUAACUAGUGCAGCAGUUGCCGGAAUUUACCAAGUAGCAGGAAAGAACAUGGCACCUCUAGAAGCAUUGGUGUUUGGAGUUGGACAAACAGUAUUAACAAUAAUUAUCUCCUUUUCACGUGUCCUUGCCACAUUAUGAGACAUUAAUGGUGGGAGCAUGUGAAGGAUUGUUUCCAAAUGGUGCGGAAAUGGAAAGUAAAUGCACAUAGAUAAUAAUGCAUGUAGUGCUGUAGUGAGAACCACUACACAUUGCAUAAAAACAUGAAUCAUGGUUUUCAAGAGGCCCCUUGCAGGACAGGACAAGAGAUUUAAAGGGAAUAUCAUCUGAAAGGAAAAGUGGAUUCCGAUUGCUAAGCUGUUGCACUAAUGAACUGCCUAGCACCUCAUGUGCCUCAGUCAGAGGCAAGGUGUGAUACUUUUUCUACUACAGUACCUUGCCAAACUGUUCUGCCAUAUAGUCCUAGCUAUGGGAGCAUGGCUCUAUGGUAGAGGUGUACAAUGCUCUUCACACGAAGAUUCCACGACAGCACAGAGAAGAUGUGUAUGAUCGGAAGAGCUGAAUCAUGAUUUGAGAAUGGUAAAAUGCCAUUGCUGUAGAACAAAGAGGAGGCAGUGAGGGGAUUGUUUUAUGUGCCAAAUGAUUUGUUUUCUUUUUGUUGAUCAUUUUUAAUGUACUUCACUUAACAGUGUGAGAGGAUGUAAUGAUAAUGAUGUUGAUGCUACAUUCAGUAAUCCGUUCCAAAAUGAGAAUUAUCUUUCAGUUCCAACACAAAGUGGUUAUUGUUUCAUCUGCCAAAACCAAAUAGUCAUCUCCAGAAUAUGUGCAGAUUGUUACACAUAGCAUGGUGUCUAUCCAUUUCCAUUGCAUGAUGCAGCUACAGUAGGUGGCCACACGUAGUGCCAACCUCUGCUGCCUUCUUUCACCAUAUUCACAUAACAGAACCGUUACAUUUGGGAUUUAUAGAGUUUUAACGAUUCCCCAGACUAAAAUGUGCUAAAAACUAAUUAUCCUAAAAAGUUCUUACACAUACAAUAAUCUAUGACCUUCUAAUCCAUGUUUUGCUUAGUUAAAAACAUUGUUUACAAUGCUAAAUCUACUGUCGCUGUGCUUCCUGUAACAGGAUGGCAUUAUGGGGCUUAUUUAGGGUUGGACAUCUCCAUGUGUGUAUGCAAAUGCCCACAUUAAUUUAUGUUUGCGUAUUGCUAGCUUGCGUCUCCAUAAUACCUGGAGAGGAGGUCGAGUACAGUAAGGGUAUGUUUACAUGAUGGCAACACAGAGGUGGAUUCAUCCAUAGAUACCGUAUUUUUUUUAGUAUGUGUGUCUCCCUUGUGGGUCCAGGGGGCUGGUGUAAAGAUACAUAAUGAUGACUAUCUAUCUGCAUCUGAUUGGCUGAUGUGUAUUGCACUGUCUAGUUUACAUUAAUUCAUUAAUGUUGCUGAAACAUUAUUUGAAGUUGCAACCAUCUAUUCGCAUUACCUAUUUCCAUUUGCAUUUAGACUACUGCAGGAUAGAACAUUCCCACUUUACUGAGAAAGGGAGAAACAAAAGAUACAGUAUUUGUAUUAAAUUAAUUUUUCAUUUGUGUUUGUAUUUAAUUGUAAUUUAUAUGGAGCAUGCAACUUUCAAAUUUCUGAACUACACUUUUAUCUCCUGUGUAUGUGACACUUAAUUCUAUUAUUAUAUUGUGUGCAAAUACAGUAAUGUGAAUUCAGCAGGUAUUACUCUGUCACUUCACAUCUCUACUGUAGUGUGGGUGUAUGCAUACACACUUGUUACGUCUAAUGCACGUCUGGUGCAUGUGCGCAAAUGCUUUCUUUACAAGUGUCUUUUCCCUAGGCACACCUGCGUCCACCUCUCUAUGAGCCCCAUAUGAGCAAUAAUAUACAUCAUUCUAGUUGUGUACUGUAAUAUAAAUUUAAAGAGCUGAUGCUGAGUAUUGUUCCAUACAAUACACCACAAUGAUAUUUGGCUGUCUAAUUUCUUAUUCUGUAUUCUCUUUUAAAUUUUCCAAAUAUUUGUAUCAAAAUGCCUGUUUCUGUACUACUUACAGUUGUAAUUGGUGUGUUUAAACUAAAACAAGAUGACUUGAAUAUAAGACAGUCACCUCCACAGAAUGUUUAGUAUGAUAAGUCUAUUUCAGUAUAAUUUACAAGGCAACCUGCUUUCCAUAGUAAAGUAAUAUCCCUUUCACACCUAAAUCACGGGUCCGAUCCGGGAUCAUCCUCACGGGUUCAAGCCAUUUUGAUACCGGUUUCAGACCAUUUCAAACCGAGGCAAGGACCCGGAAUUUAGGUCUGAUAUUGCUGUGGGGCAACCUGGGUCAUUUGUCAAUGUGAAUAGAGUUGAUCCGGGUUAAAGUUACACAGGCAUUAAUGAAACCCGGGUAGAGUAACCCAGGUCGCACUUUUCACACUGCAACCUACGCGGGUAAGUCCUGUGUUCGACCCUGGACACACAACCCAGGUUGACCUUUUCACCGACACACGACCUGGGAAUAUCCUGUGUCUGAGGUACAGUGUGAAAGGGUUAUUAGUAAAGGUAACUUACAGUAUAUGUUCCCAUUAUCCAUUUGCUCACAAAUACUAUAUUUGCUGCACAUUAAAACUGGUAACAAAUAGUUUUACAAGCACUGACACUUUGGGAAUCCUUCCCAUCCCAUUUCAGGAUGCAAGUAUAAUUCCAGCACAGAACUCAAAACUGAAGUUUUGUAGUAAGUUACAAAUGUUAUAAUAUAGACUUUCUCUUAGCGUUCUCGCAUUUUUUUCACUGUUUUUUUUUUAUAUUAAGCUGAAAUAAAAACAGAAUUUCA